AUGGCAGAGGGCAACGUACCUGCCGACGUCCCUGAGGCUAGGGUUGUGACAUUUCUGGAUAAAGCAAUGGCUUUUUACCCUGACACGGAUGCUCCGCAGUACUUUGCGUACGGUGGUGAACAGGUUCCUCUCUCUGUAUGGAGUCUUCCCAAGACGCUGGAAGCGUGUCGCAAAGGCGAAGAUCCUGCGCAGCAGGAAACGGGCGAGGACGAGACGAGUGCCGAGAUUGUCUCUGGCAAGAAGCGCCGUCCUGCCUCGUCCAAUGCAAGUAAGCAGCGUGACCUGUUGUUUGGCGAAAUCUGGCGUGCCAAGAACCUCCCCAACGAUGCCCUGUCGCUCCCUCGACACCCUCUAAUCCGUUCCAUCGCCUUUGUGCCUUCGUCGGACGAGACAGAAUCCGGUACACUGAUGGCCUCUGUGGUCGUGGGCACGAAAGAUGGCGUGAUCCGCGUUUAUGAGCCGGGCAAAAAGAAUGCGCGCCACGUACAUGAGUGGCAGAUCGCUACCAAGAACCAAGGCGCGAUCCGCGUUCUUACCCCCUCGCUGAAAGACAACCUCCUGUUUGUGGGUGACUCGGCCCGGAACCUCUAUGCGGUGGAUUUCAAGGCGGGCCGUGUCUUGUUCCAGUACAAAGAUAUCACAGGCACGAUUUCCAGUCUGCUGGUUCUCUCCGUGCAGGAGGAAAAGGAGCGGAAAACCUUCCUUCUCGGCGCCUCCCUUGAUCGCCUCGUUCGCCUCUUUGAUAUUGGCACUCCCUACUCCAAUGGCCAGCGCCGCCGUGGCAAUACACUCUGCUCGUACUUUACGGGUGUCGAGAACGCUAUUGCGAUGGCUGCCGAGAAGACCUCCUUCACGGUUCAUCGCGAGCCUACAGAGGAGGAGGCGGACGAAGAAAACUUGUGGACCAACAUGGCGGUCGUCAGCGAGCAGGCUAACAAUGAUGAGAGUGACGAGGACUCGCACAAAGAGAAGCGCUCCAAGCGCGGCCGUUCGUAG